ACGAACCAUGACGAAAGGAGGAUUCUAAAGGAGCUUAAGGAAAAACCAGUAUACUACGUAAAAGCCGAUAAGGGAAACGCAGUAGUGGUAAUGGAUAAAGAGGACUACGACGAACAGAUGACGACGAAAAUCAACGGAGGACCUUAUAGACAUUUGAGAGUGGAUCCGCUACCAGGAUUAAUACGACUCACGGACAAAACAAUAAAGGAGUGUAAGGCGAUCAUCGGAGAAGCCCGAGUAAAGACAGUAAACCCGGUUCUACCUAGGAUUAAAGGACUACCAAAAAUCCAUAAACACGGCAAGGAGAUGCGAGAGAUAGUUUCAUCAGUGGGUUCCCCUACCCAAAACAUAGCCAAAUGGUUGGUAAAGGAGUUCCAAAGUAUGCCGAAACCAUUCCCCAGCAGGUCAGUCAUCAACACCCAGGAGUUCGCCCAGAAGCUGUUGGAAUCAGGACACAUCGAAGAAGAGGACAUAAUGGUAUCAUUCGACGUAGCGGCAUUGUUCCCUAGCGUUCCAGUGAAAGAUGCUCUGAAUCUUCUAGAGGAUUGGCUGCUAACACAAAGGACGGAAACAACAUGGCGAGGAAAGGUGAAGAUGUACCUAAAUCUGGCAAGGCUAUGCAUGACGGAGAACUACUUCACAUUUCGUGGCAACUACUACAAACAGACGAAAGGAGCACCGAUGGGAAAUCCGCUAUCACCGUUUUUGUGCGAACUGUUCAUGGCGAAUCUGGAGAACAACCUACAAGAACAAGGAAUACUACCCCAGAAGUGGUGGAGAUACGUCGACGACAUUUUCAGCAUCAUCAACCGAAAGGAUCUACCCAGGAUUUUGGAAGCGAUAAACAACGUGCAUAAGGACAUCAAAUUUACCUUCGAAGAGGAAAAAGAAGGAAGCCCACGAACACCAUGAGAGUCAUCCCAUAUACAUCGAACCAUUCGUACCAACAUAAAAUGGCAGCAUUUCAUCACAUGAUCCACAGGAUGCAGACGAUACCCCUGAGCGAAGAAGGAAAAACGAAGGAACUACAAUACAUCUUGGAAACAGCGAAGAUCAACGGAUACCAGGAGAGGACUAUACGAGCGAUCAUCAACAAGAAGGAAAGGACCCUACGACGAAAUGGACAUACAACGCUGACACCGAUAGAGGAGCCGCUGAAAAGAGUUUCGGUCCCAUAUGAUAAACACAUCACCAACCAGCUACGCCCUCGACUAAGGAAAUUCGGCAUCGAUCUAGUAUUCUCCAGUAGAAGCAACCAACUCAAGUCUCUAUUGGGUUCAACGAAGGAUAAAGUAGAAAUGUUGAAUAAGGCAGGCGUUUAUAAGAUAAGUUGUUCCCAAUGUGAAAAAAAUCUAUG